AUGCUAGGAGAAGCUGGCAAGAACCACUAUUUCAGCCAGGAUGCAAGUAUCGAAGAUCUCAUGGACCGUAACAAGGCUUGGUCUGAGCGUGUUAAGAAGGAAGCUCCAGACUUCUUCCCAUCAUUGUCGUCCUCGCAGGCUCCCAAGAUUCUGUGGAUUGGAUGCUCAGACUCGCGCGUACCAGAGACAACUGUGCUGGACCUUCUACCAGGCGAGGUCUUUGUUCACCGCAACAUCGCCAAUGUCGUUGCAAACGGCGAUAUGAGCAUGCUGUGUGUUGUGCAGUUUGCUGUGGAGGUGCUGCAGGUCCAGCACAUCAUUGUCUGUGGACACUACGGCUGCGGCGGUGUCAAUGCUGCACUGGGUACCAAUAAGCUCGGCUUAAUUGAUAACUGGCUGCGCUAUGUCCGCGAUGUCCGUGCAGCGAAUGAGAAGGACUUGCAUGCAAUUGAGGACAAAGAGGAACGGGCUGCACGGCUGGUGGAACUCAAUGUGCUGGCUCAGGUGAGGAAGCUUGAGCGUAUCAAUUACGUCUAUGAAGCUGAGGCAAGUCGAGGCCUGCAGGUGUAUGGCAUGGUAUACGACGUUGCUUCUGGCUUGUUGAAGAAGUUGGACAAGCCAGAGGACGAGAAGAAGAAGUGCUACCUGCAGGGCGUCACUGACUUGAGUGCCCACUAG